AUGGAUAACGGGAACGACAGGUCAAGUUUCACGUCCACACCACCCAAACUCGGCACAGGCAUCGAUAAGUCGAUAUCAAAAGAAAUUUUCGAGUUCUUCUUUUCGUUUAAUUUGAACCCAAACUCAGAACUGUCUGAAAGUAUUCAACCGAAGUCUCCCGUCUCGAAGGAUGGCGUAAGAGAUAUGUUAGUAAAGCAUCACUUAUUUUCGUGGGAUAUUUAA